AUGUUUCAAUCUACGCCACUGUUGGAAAUGCUCCAAUCUCAUUGUUUCAGAGCGAGAGAGCGAGCAAGAAGAACAAGUUUGUUCACACACACAUCAGCGGAGCAUUCGAGUAGCAUCAACACUGUUGUUGCCGAUCGGAGCCAAAAUGAAUCACCAUCCACGAAUAAUGAUGAAGCAAGACAAUUAUUAGAUUGGAUACCCUUCGGAAAUUCAAAAGGAAUUGAAUAUUUACGGAUUGCUCUAUCCAAUGAGAAGUAUUUAUUGAAUAUUCGUGAUGAAUUGAUGGAGAAUAUGAAACAAUUUGUUCAUGUUUUUGUGAAUCGGAAUUGUAACAUUGAAGAUAUUGGAAAAUAUUUAUAUGAGAACAGUGAAGAGGAGUAUCAAGGAAUGGCAGAGGAAUUACAUAAAUACAUUCAGCAUCUUUGGGAUUUUAAAUUAUGUGAAGCUAAGGUUGAUUUGUUGGAAUAUUAUUUACAAAGACGAUUAGAUUUAGUAUGGAGUUCUGAGAAAUUUAAUCACAACAGAAAAAAGCGGAACACGGUCAUUGUAUUUUCCCAAAUCAAGCAAAACAUGAAAAGAAAUAAUUUUUUAAUAGCCAUGAUACGAAAAAAGUUUGAAAUAAUUUUCAAACAAUACAAACAAUUCGAAUUAUUGUUAAGCAUUAAUUUUAAAAAUUCAGGAUUUGUGACAAAAGAAAGUUCAAAAACAGAAGCUUGGAUGAAUUACUUUGAAUAUGAAAAAUUUGGAAUCAACAUGCACUCGUUGUUUAAGCUGCAAAUUUUACAUUUUGAGCAAUUUAGAGCUGAAAUUUCUACCUUUUUUAGUAAUAUUCAAUGGACGAAAAACCAGUUUACUGAUUGUGUCAAUCCGGAAUCCUUUCAGAAUUAUAUCUUUUCACGUGAAAUAGAUUCUCCUCUUAAAGAAUUUUUCCUCCUCUACCAACCAAAAGUUUCCUCUCAUAACAAGCACACAAACAUAUUGUACGAUCCUCUUGCUGAAGAGUUGACCAUGAAACAACACAAACAGAAACAAAUUAGGACUAUGGUGUCACAACAAAUGGAUGAAAUACAUGAAACAGAUGAAGUGCAAAAUUAUUUUCGAAAACUCUAUAUUGAACACAGUGACACCUCAAAACAAGCUCCACCUACCUCACUAUUGUUCAGCAAUGGAGACUUAUACUCGAGUUCAAGAACAAAAGAAGAAAACAAAACCAUCUAUUCCACCGAUUUACUUAAGGCCACCAUUGAGGAAGCUUUCACACAACAUGAGCUCAUGGAUUUUCUCACCAUUUUAUUUCCUUCCUUAUCCUAUUCGAUUGAAUCCCAUGUAUUGAAAGAUCUCAAAAUCAUGAAUCAUGGUCAGCAUGUGCAAACUUCCUCCUUCGAUUUCGUGUGGAAUCGUUUGUUCAUCUCUCCACUUCUCAGAAAACAUUGUUUCCACCACGAAAAGAGUUUUAUAACCUCAUUCAUGACUCGUCUACUCUCUCAAACAUACACCCUCUCCACACAGCUCGAGAAUGUCCUCAACCUUCUGUAG